GCAGGAAAGCAACGAGGAAAAAAGAGGACAACAAGGAAGAAAAGAAGUAAGCGAAAAAUGGCUUGUCAACAGUGGCGACCUGACCGUGGACGAUGCCUCAGAAGCUAUGGAAUCGUUCUCCUUUUGUGUACCAACCCUUUUUUGCAAUGUGUCAACGGAUACCUGAGUUCCUCGCACGUUGGCCAGGAGCCGCCAUACACUAGAGAUGCUCAGCCAAGCUCAAUCAUCACCAGCCCGGAGGUGCCAGCUGCAACCUCAACUUCUUCCACGGAUGAGGAGAGCUAUGCCUCCAAAUGUCCCAGUGGGGGGCUGUGCAGCCGACUGCCCGCUGACUGCAUACAAUGCAAUUACCAGCACAAUUGCACCUACGGGAAACCAACCUCCUUUUCCUGUAAAGCCAAAAAAGGCGUUCACUGUGUCGGAGAGUCCGGACAGCAACAAAGCAACUUCUCUCUUUCCGUUAUCUGUCAGUUUUGCUGGCAGCUGGACCCGACACAGUACCGCUGCUCCAACUCCACGAACUGCAUGACUGUGGCCUGCCCCCGGCAGCGCUACAAUGCCACUUGCAAUGUCUUGGAACAUGUGCACUGUUUAGGUAAAAGGCGUUUUCAGAAGCGUUUGUAUUGUAACUGGACUGGAGGAUACAAGUGGUCCACGGCGUUGGUGCUCAGCAUCACCCUCGGUGGUUUUGGGGCAGACCGCUUUUACCUGGGCCAGUGGAGAGAGGGCCUCGGCAAGCUGUUCAGCUUCGGAGGUCUUGGUAUUUGGACUUUGAUAGACGUGCUGCUCAUCGCCGUGGGUUACGUGGGCCCAGCAGACGGUUCUCUCUACAUCUAAAAAAGACAAAUCGGAGGAUGUUUCAGGCACGGGUCGAGCGCCAAGGACUGAUGAUCUCCCGAUACCACGUUCUCAGCACCGCCCCGGCAUUCCCAUCUGCUAAAACGCAGGAAGUGUUUUCAUGCCUCACACCCGAGGAUGACUACACACCCACACACAUACACACAAGCGGCGACUCAAUCCCUAUCAGUCUCCUCUGGCGUGAGCAUGCAGAUGGAGCGCUGUAACUCUGCAAUUAAGUCCUAAUGGGGGCUCACUCUUUGAAAACAGCCGCCGAGAUGAUCUCAGACCUCCACAGCUGUGCUUGGUUUUCUUCUCGCUGAAUGCAAAGUGGAUCUAAAGAAGGGCUGAUGGAGAUGCCGUCAGGUGACAAGUUGAACAAUACAGUCAAUCCCAACUGUAAGAACUACAAUCCCCGUCCCCGGAUUAAUAUACAGUAUUGUAAUAAAAGGUCUCCACCAGUGCUGGGUUAUUUUAGGACCCUUUCACACGGCCUGUGAAAAAUUGUAUUGUGUUUACUGUUUUCCUGUGUCCCUCUUUCCGUAUUACUGGCACUGACAUGCGAUGUUAGUUUGAAGUUGUACAGGCAAUUGUCCAUCUUCGCUGGUUGUAUGAGCGCUACAACUGUAAGAAUUAAAGCAAUGAUCACUUUAUGUUGGAGUAGAAAAUGAAGCGCUUUUCACUCUGCUGGGAUUUUUCCUUAUAAAUUACACUGAUGCGCAAUAGGGGUGCGAAGGCAACCCAGCAAUUUUCUGUCUUUAGAGGAAGUAUCAGAGCGGAAAGAAGUUCAGGCCACAGCUGUAAGAAAGUUCAACCAAGGAUGGUAGUACCAAGAUGUUGCAGUAAAAGGUAUUCACUGUUUCACUAUAUCAGUAAAAACUUGUCUUCAUCCCCUCCGAAUAAAUAAAAGAACAUGCUGAAUAAGUCUACCUGACAAUCUUACAUCCUUAGAGGUAGAAUUAGAGUCAUAACAGAACUUCUGGCUGCAGCUGCAAGAAUAUUACACAGAGGAGGGAAUCGUUUUUAGUAAGACUUUGUUUGGGCUCUACUUUUUUAAAAUAAAUGACUCAGAUUGGGAGUAUGAAGUCGACAGGGCACUCUUACAAUUUAUUGAGUUUAUAUCAGAGCUUUUAGAACAUUUCCUCAAGCAAUCUAUUAUUAUAUCCACCAAGGCUGAAUAAUCUUAAAACCCCUUCUACGCUGCCUGUUAAGUUAUUUUUACGACUGUUCCUAUAUUGAUGUUCUAUAUGAAUGACAUUGAUGUGAGAUUUGGGUUGUAAAGACAACUGAGAAAUCUGGCUUUAGAGGAAGUAUCAGAGGUGGGCCACCACUUGCAUAUAAGGUUAUUCUGCUGUGCUAGGACCAGGGUGUGAAGUUUGAACACCUGCAACUUACAAUGUUAUGAAAUUGGAGCUGUUGGAAUAUCAGUUGGUGGUUUUGGUUGGCAUAGUUUGGAUAGCGCCUCCCUAAGGGAAGGAGGUGGAAUAGGUGGUGACCAUGAUGGUGAGAAUCCAAGAGAAUUUUUCACACCUUUGUUUUAGCCCUGGUAACGUGCAAUUGCUCAAGAGUGGUUAGGUGGGUACCGAAAAAAAUAAAUGAGCAUCCUUGACUUUCUGUUGCAGUCUAUUUUUUUUUUUUUUUUUUUAAUUUCCCUGUGGCAGCACCAAACCAGACUGAUGGACAAACACAUUCUGAGCAUUAACCUUUUCUCACUGCGGGACCUUUUCUUGCCACGUGUGCAAUGUGCAGUUAAUGUUCAUGUGUACUUUUGUUUUGUUGAAAACACUGUAAAUUACAUUUUUUGUUGUUGCAUAAAUAAAAGUUAUGAAAUACAA